AUGGCAUGUGGGGAGAUAGUAGAACUUCCAAAAGGAAAGAAAGUUCUGGGAUGUAAAUGGGUAUUUAACCCUAAAUAUGAUGCUGCGGGAAAUUUAGACAGAUUUUCUGAAGUUUUGAGAGCAGAAGGGUACACACAGGGGUUGUUUGAUCAUACUAUGUUUGUGAAGAUGAAAAGUGGAAAAAGGUGUUUCCUCAUAGUGUAUGUUGACGACAUAAUUGUCAACGGUCACAAAAGGGAUCCAUGUGUCCCAAAGGAAUACAUAUCAUCAUCGAUUUGCUUACUGAGACAGGAUGCCACCAAAGGCUACUUGAAGCUUCUACUUCUUACUGUGGCAUCAGGUGAUAGGAGUAAUGGUGAAGCCAUUCAAAGCAACCGAGACCUUUCCAUGAUUCUUGGUGCCCUUUUGGAAACUAGAUCAAGAUCAGUGCUGAAUGAUAUAGUUAAUAAAAAUGGUUUACGCAUGCUACACAACAUAAUGAAGCAAUACAGGUGGGACUUUAAAAAAAUUCCAAUUCUGCGAAAGCUUCUUAAGGUCUUAGAGCGCCUAGCAGAAAGAAAUAUUUUGACAUCUGAGCAUGUUAAUGGUGGUCCCCCUUGCUGUGGAAUGGAAAGCUUUAGGGAGUCAAUGCUGUCCUUAACGGAACAUGAAGACAAAGAGGUCCAUCAAAUUGCUCGAAGCUUUCGAGACAGAUGGAUUCCCAGAUCUGUCAGAAAACGUGGCUUUAUAAACAGGGAUGACUGGGGGGUGAAAUCUUAUAGGAGUUUCAGACACAACAGAUUUUCAGCAUCACUGAACUAUACAUGUGAACAGAGUUUUAGACCUACUGAAGCAAUAGAUUGUGCCCAGCUGCCAUUGGUUGAAACAAGUUCAGUCAAUGCUGUUGCCCAGGAGGGCUGCACUGCACCAUCUCUGAAUGGGUGUGAAAUCAGCAGGCCAAUGAGACGUAAACGUAAAAGCCGAUGGGAUCAACCUGCGGAGACAAAUUCAGUUGUAGUAUCUUCUGAGCACAAGAAAGGAGAAGUUGUCUCUGGGCAGCCAAAGCAAGCUGACGUGAUUAUUAACGCUGUUGAUGUUGAGCAGAAUAUUUCUAAAGAUGUUCCACCUGGGUUUUCAUGUUCAGUUCGGCCUUUGGGUUCUUUGAACGCCUCACGAAACUCUUGUGAUCUUCCCUUGCAACAGGCAGGCCAUUCUGGUUCUGGAUGUUCCUCUGAUGCAGUUAUAGGUUGUCCAAGGGAAAAAUUUAAUCCUUGCUUGCCUGUCUCGUAUGGAGUUCCAUGGCCUGUUAUCCAACAAUAUGGAACACCUCACGCAGACAUCGAAGGCAGUUGGAUCACUGCUCCAGGCAUGCCUUUCUAUCCGUUCCCUCCACUGCCCCCAUAUCGACGCCAGAGUGAUUGUCAAUCUUCCAAGUCUACUGAUGCUAUGAAAAUAGAUCAGCCUGCAGAAAUUGUGAAGCGAUUCUAGCGGUCUAGCUAGUUGUUACUCGGAUGAUAUGUCUCCCAGCACAACUGGUCUUAAUGCUAAAUACCUUUCAUAUGAGGAUGAUAACCACAUUUCUACACCAAUGAAGGGUUUCCCUAAUGAUUUGGAAAGGAGUUACUUUAGGAAACAAAAAUGGAAUAAAUAAGAUAUACAUCGACCAUGGUCCAGGAGGAAACUCUAGGGAUAUAAGAGCAACUCUAGGAGUGUUUUGGAUAAUAUAGGUGUAGUAGAUGUACCAGAGGAUGCAAUUUGUAGAGCAGCGGGAGAUGACAAUAAUAAUGGCAUUUACAGCAACUCAUCCCACGUUAGUUACAGGGAUCCCCC